AUGACCUCUUCAGGUGUAGAUGAUCAUUAUGAUUAUAUCUGGAAAAUUGUCCUGGUAGGAGACUCUGGUGUGGGUAAAACAAACUUGCUGUCACGGUUCACCAAGAAUGAGUUCCUCAGUGAGAGCAAAAGUACCAUCGGUGUGGAGUUUGCCACAAGGCAUGUCACAAUCAAGGGCAAGGUCAUCAGAGCUCAGAUCUGGGACACAGCCGGACAGGAGCGCUACAGGGCUAUUACAGCAGUCUACUACAGAGGGGCAGUUGGCGCUCUAGUUGUCUAUGACAUGACCAAACACCAGACUUUUGACAACCUCAGCAAGUGGCUGCAGGAGCUGAAAGACCAUGCUGACCGUUCUGCCAGGAUCAUGAUUGUUGGCAACAAAUCAGAUCUGAGACACCUGCGGGCAGUGACACAGGAAGAAGGACGUGUCUUUGCAGAGAAGCAACAGUUCUCCUUCAUUGAGACAUCAGCUUUAGACUCCACCAAUGUUGGAGAAGCAUUUAACAACUUGCUGGUUGACAUCUACAGAUCCCAAGUGGAAGAUGCCAGUGUUGUUCCACCGCCCAGCACGGAGACGGUCCACCUUCCUCAGGGGGAGAGUCAUGCCACAACCACACAGGAUUCUUGUUCAUGCUGA